UUUUCCCAAAGACGUCCGCCAUAUUGGCUCCGCGAUAUCCGACCCGUGAAGCUGUCAUUAUUUAUUGUUGUUUUCCCGGCGGACUUUUCCACUCCCGGCCCUCCGUCCGGCAUUCUCAGGGAGGAGUCCUUGAUAAACGAUUCCGGCCUCACUUUUGUACGUCUAAAUAGCGACAACUCGGAACCACGUCUCGAUUUACGAUUUACACUUUGUUUUAAUUAUACCUAAUCAAGAUGGGGAACAUGAUGGCCAACCUUUUCAAAGGCCUUUUUGGCAAAAAAGAAAUGAGGAUUUUAAUGGUAGGCCUGGAUGCUGCUGGUAAAACAACAAUAUUAUAUAAAUUGAAAUUAGGAGAAAUAGUUACAACUAUUCCCACUAUUGGUUUUAAUGUUGAGACUGUCGAAUACAAGAACAUAAGUUUUACAGUCUGGGAUGUUGGUGGCCAAGAUAAAAUCAGGCCUUUAUGGCGACAUUACUUUCAAAACACUCAAGGGCUUAUUUUUGUCGUAGAUAGUAAUGAUAGGGAACGUAUUGGAGAAGCAAGAGAAGAGCUCAUGAGAAUGCUUGCAGAAGAUGAACUCAGGGAUGCAGUACUUCUUAUAUUUGCUAAUAAACAAGAUUUACCAAAUGCUAUGAACGCAGCCGAGAUCACUGAUAAACUAGGCCUGCACUCCUUACGCAACCGCAACUGGUACAUCCAAGCAACAUGCGCAACAAGUGGGGAUGGACUGUACGAGGGGCUAGAUUGGCUGUCGACCCAGCUGAAAAAUGCAAACCGCUAGUAUAUGAAGGCAGCAAGUCACCGCUAACAUCAUCAACUCAUCAAUUAAGAAUAUAAAAAAAAAUUCAUCUUCAUCAUCAUCGUUUCAUCCGCAGCGAGAUGGAUGGAAGCUGGUGGUGGGGGGUGACCAUUGGGGGUUUAUCACCCUCACCCCCUCCCUCCUAAAACCCUCCCAUUCUUCAAAUUAUAAAAUAAUUUCUUUGUUAUGAAACAAAAAAUGAAAAUUAAAUUUAAAAAAAAUACAACAUUGAACAAUUAAAAAUAUAUAAUUCAGUUGCAGAGUCUUCACAGUUGGACUUUGAACUAUUAAUUUUGUCUUUAAAGAAAAAAUAAAGUUAUACUAAAUUGAAGAAAAUUUAAACAUUAAAGUGAAGUGCGGUGAAAUUUCCCUUCGCAUCAAAAUUCAACAGAUCUAACAUUCCUCAAGAUUGUCUUUUUGAUUAUAUUUUAUUUAUAAUGAAUGUUUGAACUCAUGGAAAUAUAUUGCGCUUGAGUGACUGUAUAAAUUAUUUUUUACCCAUUUAAGUACUCAACCUUCACUAUGUUUAUUAUUAUAAUUUUUUUAAAUUAAAUAAAUGUUUUUUCUUUUGCAUAAUUGUAGUAUCUAUCUGUAGUUAUCACAUAAGUGGUUUCAUGUAUCAACUUUGCUUCUUUUUUCUUUUGGAUUAUGAAAAUUAUAAAAACACAAAUAAAGGGACUUUUUCACACCUUAUUAAUGUAAAGGGAAAUAAUGAUGACUGUAAGCCGAAAGGCCAAACAUACUGAUCCUAAUUUUUCCUUUUCUUAUUUUUUAAUUUAAAAUGCAUUUCUUGAAAAAUAUUCUAGAUGAAACAGAGGGUCAAGCUCACUUCUGCUAGCACUUCUCAAAAAUAUAUUACAUAAAUGUCUUUUACUGGUGGACACCAGCAAACGUUAAUUUAUAAUGAGGGACUUAAGUAUGUGAAGUAAAAAGGCAGAUGGUUAACAUCCUUUUCUUAUAUGACAACGAACAUGUAAUAUUUUUUGAUCAAGCAACAGUCUAUAUUCUUUUGCUACAUAUGUAAAAAACAUUGCUUUAGAACUUAGGUCAGCCAUACCCAGUGCUUAAGUCCCUUGAAAUGUUUUUCACCAUGUAAUAUGUUUUCAUUUUUAAAAUAUAGUAUGUGAAAUUAU